AUGGCGCCCAAACCACCUUCACGGUCAAAGGCAACCGCAAACAGGAAUGCCAAAGCCCGCAAAUCCGCCACCGCAGGACCCUCUUCCAAGAAGUCGAAAAUCACAAAACGCCCACCGCCAAAGCAGGUCAAAACCAGGCCGGGCGUGCACUCCCAGACGUCUGCACAGGCCACAAAGCCAAGCAAGCGCAAGCAAAAGACAUACACCGACAAGGACCUCAAUCUCCCGGCCCUGAACAUGAUAACCCCGGUGUCGGCGCCCGAAAACCCCACCAACCACUCGCGAAAAGGAGGGACCGGGAAGAAGAAGAAUAAAAUCUACAUUGACGACGAAGAGUCCAUGCGCACAAUAUUGGCCAUGGUGAAUGCCGAGAAGGAGGGCCAGAUCGAGAGUAAGUUGAUCAAGGCCAGGCAGAUGGAGGAGAUCAGAGAGGCCAGGAGGAAGGAGAUGGAGCAGCGGAAAGAGAGCAAGAGAGAGGAGCUGGAAGGAGUCAAGAAAGGGUUAAAGAAGGGGAACAAGAAAGCGAAACCCCAGGAAAAGGAGAGUGAAAGGGAACAAAAUGGAGAGGGCAAGAGCAAGACGAAGAAGAGGGUCUCGUUUGCGUGA